UGCCCAAAUCGCACUCUCGCGCCGUGUCCUCUCCUCCUCGCAACGGCGUUAAAAUGGACGGAGAGACGCGAGGCGAAGGCGCUAUCGGAGCUCUGACCGAUGGGCAUCGCCUCCGCGUGUAUCCUCGCGCUCUCGCUGCUUCCGGCAUUGGCCACGGCGGCUUGCGGCCGUCGCCCCGUCAUCUUCAACUUCGGCGACUCCAAUUCCGACACCGGCGGCCUCGCCGCCGGCCUCGGUUUCGUCCUCCCCCACUUGGAGGGCCGCGCCUUCUUCCUCCUCCCCUCCGGUCGCCUCUGCGACGGGCGCCUGGUCAUCGACUUCCUCUGUGAGGCGUUGAACACCAGCUACUUGAGCCCGUACAUGGAGCCUCUGGGAUCGGAUUUCCGGAACGGAGCCAACUUCGCGAUAGUCGGCUCCACCACGCGGCCGCCGGAGUUGCCCUUCGCAUUGGCCGUCCAAGUGCGACAGUUCCUCCGCUUCAAGAUGCGAUCCUUGUACCUCCUCGCCCAAGGCGCGACGAAACUGAUCGACGAACAGGGUUUUCAGAACGCGCUAUACGCAAUUGACAUAGGGCAGAACGAUUUAGCAGCGGCAUUCUCUGCAAACCUAAGUUUUGCUCAUGUUGUGCAAAGAAUCCCAUCCGUCGUCGACGAGAUCAAGAAAGCUAUCGAGACGCUGUAUGAGAAUGGAGGCAGGCACUUCUGGGUACACAGCACCGGACCCUUUGGCUGCUUGCCUCAGAAGCUCGCGCUACCGCGAAAGGUUAACAGCAACCUCGAUCGACAUGGAUGCUUGAUCACCUACAAUGACGCUGCCAAGGAAUUCAACGCUCGCUUGAGCGUUCUUUGCGAUGAACUCAACGCCAAGCUGUUGAAUGCGACCAUUGUUUAUACUGAUAUCUACUCAAUCAAGUAUGAUCUCAUUGCCAACUACACCAAAUACGGCUUUGAGUCUGCACUGAUGGCGUGCUGUGGACACGGGGGGCCUCCCUACAACUUCAAUCAAAACGUGGAGUGUGGUGCUUAUGGAUCACAGGUUUGCGCCAUUGGUUCCAAGUAUGUCAACUGGGAUGGGAUUCAUUAUACAGAGGCUGCAAAUGCUUUAGUGGCUUCCAAAAUACUGACAACAGAGUUCUCGAAGCCAAAGCUUAGAUUUGAUUACUUUUGUGCUGCCUAAUUUUGUGUUCUCCUGACUUUUCCUUCAAACUCACUGAAUAAUGAAUCCCAAGGAAUGAUUGAUUCUUGUAGCUUCUUCAACAAUAAAGCUUUAACAGAGAAGAAGAUUGAAUGAUAUUAGUACCUUUUGCAUUCCAGAAAUUGUAAUGCAAGAGAAAAGUUAAAUACGACGUAAACAAAUGUAAUCUCCUUCUCUUUGUAGGAGUGAGCACACUCUAAAAUGUGAUGUAAUCUCUCAUGGCGCAAACAAUGGAUUGUAACAUGUUUUAUGUUUUAAAAAUAUCAAAAAAGAGCAUUCUAUGUA